AUGGACGAACCACUAGCAGAGUUCACAACAGCGCCGGCACCCGAGCCUACCAAUGACGCCCAGGACCUGGAAGGUGCACCAGCUGCCCCGCCCAGCAGCUCCGUGCUCUCAGACGCCCCGACCACGGACGCAGCCGAGCCAGAUACCAUUGUGGUCGGAGCAUCAGCAACACAACCACCGGAGCCUACACGACAGCCUUCAGCGCAGACGGAGGAACUCGUGCGGAGAAUCAAUGAGAACGCGGCGAGCGCUGCGAAGGCUGGGACGCCGCCUUGGGAGGCUGCGAGGGAGGCGGUUAUGAAGGAUAUGGUUACUUCGGAGCAGUUUGCGAUUGUGCCUGCGAGGGGCGGGGGCCGUGGGAGGGGGCGAGGGAGGGGUGGGAAGAGGGCGAGUUUUGCUGGGGAGGAUGAGGAUGGUGUUAAGAUUGAGGAGGGUGCUUUGAGUACGCCUGGGUCUGGACGACCGAGGGGGAGAGGCGGGAGGCCGAGAGGGAGAGGUCGUGGUACUGGCAGGAGCGGUAAGCGUAAGAGGGAUGACGAGGAUGAUGGUGCGUCCGACUCUAGCGACGAGGUGACUCCCAUCGCCACCAUGACCAAGUCCGGCCGAUCGAUCCAAAAGCCUUCGAGUUUUGUGCCACCGCCUCCACAGUCACCGACGACGAACAAGCGUAAGCGUCCUUACAAUCGACGCAACCCAGAGAACGCCGUCUGCAAGUCUUGUCUGCGUGGUACUAGUCCUGCCAGCAACAUGAUUGUUUUCUGCGAUGGGUGCAAUACGCCAUAUCAUCGGUACUGUCACAAGCCGCCGAUUGAUCAGGCGGUCAUUGAUCAGGUUGAUAAGGAGUGGUAUUGCAGUCAGUGCGAGAGCGAUAGAAUCGUUCCUGUUCCUGAGGCUGAGGUGGCUGGGUUUGUGAGUGUGCCGAAUGCUUCUGCAGAGGAGCGCCAGAAGUACUUCUCCAGCCUAACGCAGGGCAUGCUCGUCACGCUCAUGACGAAAGCCACGACUCUCCAGCCGGACCUCCCAGUCUUCGAGCCGGCCUUCAAGAACAAGAUCGCAAACUCUAUGACGAACGGACACUCACAUACAGCACCGACUUCAGAUGCGGCUGCUCCUCAACAACCUGUUAUCUCAGCGCCACCACCCCUCCAGCCCCAACACGCCCACCCACCUGUCGCAGACGACGCAAACUACGGCCCUGAAGUCCACCCACCAAACUAUCCUCGCCCGGGACAAGGGCUGAUGAAGAGCUUACCGCCUGAGCAGGAGGAUUUGCAGUGGUUGGUGGAGGACGAUGAUCGGUUUGGAGUGUUUACGCAUCUUUAUCAGGCGGAUGCUACGGCUGGGGCUGCGAAUGGAGGUGCAUGA